AUGGACAGGGAGGCUUUCAAAACCGAAUUUCGCAGAAAGGUUCCAGUCUUGGAUAUCGACCAUACGACCUUUUGGCUACUGCAGCCCUUCUUCAACUGGGCGGGACUCCAAGGCCGUUAUCUCAUGUCAAACAUUGGCUCGAUCAGUAAUGAGUUUGUUACAGGCACAUUGACAGUGACACCGCCAUACAUACACCCAAUGCGGGAGAACUAUCGGAAUUACUGGCUAUGGAGAAGGGUGCUCAAAGACCUCGCAACCAUGGGAGUCGCCCAACCCAAGAUCCAAAGGCCAAUGAAGUACAUGGCAAUGAAGAUGAUCUCGCUCGGGAACUCGGCUCACUGA